AUGAGUCGAAGUUCUACAAUGAUUGAACAAUUAAAUCAACUACCUCAUAACUUUGUUGAUAAGAUUUUUGGUUAUUUGGAUUACAACAGUCUUUAUUCUAUUUCUUAUUCAAACGAUGAAAUAAUUGGCGUUUUAUCAUCUAAAAAUCUUUUUUCUUCAAUCAGUAUAAUUAACCAGGGCAUUGAAUUUGAUAGGUUGACAAUCAAUGUUGAGGAUAUCAAAUUUUUUACCGAUAAAAUUAUUGAUUUAAAUGAGCAUUUAAAAUUAAAUCUAAGUUUAUUAUCCAUUACCACAGAACAAAUCAUUUCAUUAAAAAAUCUAAUAUCUGAUAUUAAAUUUUUAAAAGCAUUGGUUAUUAGAUUGAAUGCAAGUCCCAAUUUUAAUUAUUCAGCUUUAGCUUACCAAGAUAACACUAUGGAAAUUGGUUUCGAAUCAGACAUAGAUGAAGCAAUGAGUUUUGAAACUCAUAAUCACGAUCAAGACCAAGAUGAAGUUAUGUUGGCUGAUACUGAUCAACUCUCUUCUUUUGAAGGCAAUGAAGACAAUGAAGACCAUGAAGGCAAUGAGAUCAAUGAAAUCAAUCAAUUUUAUAUUGAUGAUGAUAGAGAUGGUGAAUUACUCUCAUCACAAUCUGAAAACUCCUUUCAAUCCCAACUAUUGGUGAAUAAUUUAACAAAUCAAUUUAAGGAUUCAUUGUUACAAAUAUUAUCUCGAACUUCAAUGAAAGAAAAUUUGCAUGAGUUCAAACUUAUUUUCAUUUCAAAUAAAGAUACUUCUAACGAUUUGGGUGUUUUAAAUGUUUUAUCUCAAUAUAAAAAUUUGAGAAGGUUAGGAUUGUUUUUUUCAAACUGUGUUCCAGGAAUACUUUACAUAACCAACUUGGAUCCAGAAUUCUGCUUUAAUUUAUUAUAUUUUAAAGUGUCUAACAUAAUUUUGGAACCUUUCACUGGACGCAAUUUUUGGAAUUUAAUAUCUCUUGGAAUGAAGAAAAAUAGAUUGGGAGAAAUUCCUGUUAUGGACUCUUUGUUAAAUCUCACCAGAUUAAAUUUAUCUUUAAACAGAUUAAGAAAAAUCAACAGAUUAUCUUACUUUGUCAAUUUAAUGCAUUUAAAUUUGGAUUUCAAUAAAAUUAUAAAAAUUGAAAAUUUAUCAAGCUUAAAUGAGUUGGUUUCCUUAAGUUUGAGAGAGAAUAAUAUAAAAACAAUAGAAAAUUUAAACAAUUUAAAACAUUUGGUUUAUUUAAACCUUUCUGGAAAUCCAUUGAAAAAAAUUGAAAAUUUAAAACAUCUAAGAAGCCUUCAAGAGUUGGCACUAUCACAAACAAAAAUAUCCCAAAUUGAAAAUUUGGAUGAAUUAACUGAGCUCACAUUUUUGGACAUUUCUCGCUGUUUUAUUAAGAAAAUCGAAAAUUUAACUAAACAAACAAAGAUAACAUUUUUAGAUCUAUCUUAUAAUCAAAUCACUGAGCUUGAAGGACUAGACCAUCUUUCUGUGUUGGACGAGCUAUAUCUAAGCAACAACAGAAUCACCGAGAUUAAAAACCUACCCCAAUUGCCCCAGUUAUCAGAAAUUGAUUUUGAUGACUUGAUCACAAAAGAUUAA